AUGGUGCUCGCGAAAUCCAAAAAGAGCGUCGGGCUGGGUAACAGCCUGAUGAACGACAGGUUCAGCAAGGGAAAGGGCGACAAUCUGCGGAAGGGCAACUUCAACGCCGGUAUCGAGCGAACCGGUCAGAAUGGCGAGAAGUACAUCACCAACGAGAAGAAAGAGGCGUCGUACAUGAAGAUGCGCUCCGUCACCGAACAAGGCGCCCUCGACGACUUCCUCUCCACUGCAGAAUUGGCCGGAACCGACUUCACCGCCGAGAAGAUGAACAACGUCAAGAUUAUCCACAAGGACCAGAAGAACCCAUACCUCCUCUCGCCGCUUGAGGAGCGCAACGUCACCAAGAAGCACAAGGAAAACAGGAACCGACUGACUGUACCGAGGCGACCCCACUGGGACAAGGACACUACACCACAAGAGUUGGACGAGAAAGAGAGGGCAUCGUUGUUACAGUGGCGAAGAGGCUUGGCGGAGCUGCAAGAGAACAACGAUCUUCUCCUCACACCGUUCGAGCGCAAUCUCGAAGUCUGGAGGCAGUUGUGGCGUGUCAUUGAACGGUCGGAUCUGGUCGUGCAGAUUGUGGACGCCCGUAACCCGCUCAUGUUCCGGUCAGAGGAUUUGGAGGACUACGUCAAGGAGGUGGACCCGAAGAAGAACAAUCUGUUGCUGGUCAACAAGGCGGAUAUGAUGACGCUGGAGCAACGGAAAGCUUGGGCCGACUACUUCACCGAAGCUGGCAUCAACUACAAGUUCUUCUCGGCUGAACUCGCCAAAGAGAUGAACGAGGCUCGUGCUGAGUUGGAGGCAAGCGACGACGAGUCGGACGAUGCCGGCGACUCUGACGAGCUUGUGACUGAUGAAGGCGAAGACUUCGAGGAAGAAGACGACAAACUCGCAAAAGAAGCCAAGAAGAUUGACCUGCAAGACAAGCAGGAAGAGAUGGAAAAGUGGGUGGACGAAGAGACUGUCGACGUACCGGGCGCGAGCCAAGCAGAGGCGGACGGCGAUGAGCGCACGCGGAUACUAACAACAGAGGACCUUGAAGCCCUGUUCCUUCAACAUGCGCCUGAUGUUGAUACCGGACCAAACGGCGAGCCGCGAAAGACGUCGAUUGGUCUUGUCGGAUACCCCAACGUCGGAAAGUCGUCCACGAUCAACGCGUUGAUUGGCGCAAAGAAGGUGUCGGUUUCUGCAACACCCGGAAAGACCAAGCACUUCCAGACCAUCCAUCUCAGCGACAAGGUCAUGCUCUGCGACUGCCCUGGUCUAGUGUUCCCCAACUUCGCCACAACCAAAGCCGAGCUCGUGUGUGCUGGUGUACUGCCGAUCGACCAACUUCGCGAGUACACUGGGCCCGCAGGUCUUGUCGCACGUCGCAUCCCGCAACCCUUCCUUGAAGCGCUCUACGGAAUGAAGAUCCACCCUCGACCGAUGGAAGAGGGUGGAACUGGUAUUCUGACAUCCGAGGAAAUCCUACGUGCCUACGCCAUCGCCAGGGGCUUCUCCACUCAGGGUCUUGGUCAGCCAGACGAGUCUCGAGCGGCGCGAUACAUCCUCAAGGACUACGUCAAGGGCAAGAUUCUCUUCUGCCACCCUCCACCCACCGACCCACCGCUAGACCCCAAGCACUUCAACCGCGAACUCUACGACGUCGACCAUCUUCCCGCCAAGCGCCGACAUCACCCUCUCGCAUCCCUGCCCGGCAACACCUCCCUCGCCGGUGCACUGGACGAUGAUAUGUCGCUGAUGGACGACGAGCUCGACGCUGGCGUACCCGUCCAAGGAGAGAAGACACAACGCAUGGACAAACGCUUCUUCGGUCCCGGGCAAGGUAUGGGACGGGUUAACCAACCUUUCCACUACAAAUACAGUGAGCAGGGUAAGGAGCUCAGUGGCAGGAAAGCUAAGAUGGUCGCUGCACUCGAGGCAGACGUUGAUCCAACGGAGAUGAAGAUGAACAGCAAGAAGCACUUCAAGGCCAACAAGAGGAGGGCGAAGAAGGUGCGGUCUGAGUAUGUUGAUUAA